UUCACCAGAAAAAAAACCCUAAAGAUCUCAAAAACUCAGAAAUGGCGACGGCGUUGAAGAAGAACAGGAAGAAGAGAGGACACGUCAGCGCCGGUCAUGGACGUAUCGGAAAGCAUCGCAAGCAUCCAGGAGGUCGUGGUAACGCUGGAGGUAUGCAUCACCACCGUAUCCUCUUCGACAAGUACCAUCCAGGUUACUUCGGCAAAGUAGGUAUGAGGUACUUUCACAAGCUCCGUAACAAGUUCUUCUGCCCUAUCGUCAACCUCGACAAGCUCUGGUCGCUUGUGCCCGAGGACGUGAAGGCGAAAUCGAGCAAAGACAAUGUUCCGUUGAUUGAUGUGACGCAGCAUGGGUUCUUCAAGGUUUUGGGAAAAGGUCAUUUGCCAGAGAACAAGCCCUUCGUUGUGAAGGCUAAGCUUAUCUCUAAGACUGCUGAGAAGAAGAUUAAGGAAGCUGGCGGCGCCGUCGUCCUCACUGCUUAGGUUUUAAAAGUUGAAAGUCUCUUCUUUUUAAUUAAUAUUAUUGUCAAGUUUUUUGGAACUCAGCUUUGUUGGAUUUUUUUGGAAUUGAGAGAUCUUUUAAUCAAUGGUUAUGGAUUAUAUAAUUUCUCCUGUGUUA